AUGGCAAUUAUGAGUCGAGUUCAGAAUGAUGUUGAAAGUCAGAAUGUUAACCAUGGUGAAAAUAUUGAAAACUGGUUGCCGAUUAGUGCUUCUAGGAAAGCUAAAUGGUGGUACUCAACUUUCCAUAAUGUCACUGCUAUGGUUGGUGCUGGAGUCCUAGGGUUACCAUUUGCUUUAUCUCAACUUGGAUGGGGUCCAGGGAUUACAGUGAUUAUAGUGUCGUGGCUUGUGACAUUUUAUUCACUGUGGCAACUAGUACAAAUGCAUGAAUUGGUUCCGGGGAGGAGAUUCGAUCGAUACUUUGCUUUAGGAGAACAUGUAUUUGGAUCCAAAGGAAGAGUUGGAUAUUGGAUUAUAAUGAUACAACAAUUGAUUGUUCAAGUUGCUUCAACCAUUGUGUAUUCUGUCACGGGUGGAAAAUCUUUGAAGAAGUUCUGUGAAAUACUAGAUCCAUCCCGGUUCGAAGAUAUUCGACAAACAUAUUAUAUUUUGUUCUUUGUUUUUUUACAAUUACUCCUUUCGCAAAUUCCUAACUUCAAUACUUUGAAAGGAAUCUCUUUGCUGGCCGCAUUCAUGUCUGUCUGUUAUUCCAUGGUGGCAUUUGGAUCCUCCCUUGCGAAGGGAUUUGAGCAUCAUCCAACUCCAAUUCACUAUGGUGUUCGAUCGCACACUACUGCUGGGAUAACUUUCGAUGUUUUUAACGCGCUUGGAACAAUAGCAUUUGCCUUUGCAGGACAUAGUGUGGUUCUUGAGAUUCAAGCUACAUUACCGUCUACGGAAGAAAAGCCUUCCAAAGUACCAAUGUGGAGAGGUGUUGUUGUUGCAUACUCCGUCGUCAUUGUUUGCUAUCUUACUGUCGCCGUAUCUGGUUUUUGGGCUUUUGGUGAUCUCGUUGAAGAUGAUGUGCUCGUCUCCCUCGAACGUCCUGCAUGGGUUAUCGCUGUCGCUAACUUGAUGGUUUUCUUUCAUGUUAUUGGAAGUUAUCAGGUUUUCGCAAUGCCUGUUUUUGAUACGAUGGAGUCUUGUUUGGUGCAAAAGUUUAAACUCAGUCCCUCGAGGAAUCUUCGAAUCAUUGCUCGGAGCAUAUACGUCGCUUUGGUUGGAUUUGUUGCUGUAAGCUUCCCAUUUUUCGGAGGGCUAUUAGGGUUUUUUGGAGGACUAGCAUUUGCAGCAACAUCAUAUAUUAUACCUUGUGUCUUAUGGAUUAAAGCCAAGAAACCAAAAGUAGGGAGCUUUCAUUGGACUGCAUCAGUGAUUUGCAUAACUCUUGGGUGUAUGAUUGCAAUUGUUGCACCAGUUGGAGGAAUAAGAACCAUUGUGGUUUCGAUCAAAACUUACAAGUUUUAUUCAUGA